AUGGAGGCCCCGAUGAAGACUGAGAUUGAGGCCGCGGGCGGGCAGUACAAUGUCAAUCCUGGCCGCCGACGAAGCACGGUCACGUCCAUCAAUAUGCACCAAAACCUAGACGCCAAAAUUGCCAAUCCCUUGGCUGACAUUCCCGAGGAAGACCUUAUGCUCGAUGUAGAGGAGUUUGCACGAGAGAAAGACAUUGUCGACAUGCUGCCGUUACUCCAACGCGGCGCACGCGUCGCCCAGAAUCCGAAGGGAUACGAGCACAUCGAGAGCCUCGAAACCCCAGAACUUGAGGCCUUGCGCUUCGAGCAUUCGCAUAAGUGGACACACCCAAUGGCCCUUUAUUUCACCAUCAUUAUCUGCUCCAUUGGCGCCGCUGUCCAGGGCUGGGACCAAACUGGUUCCAACGGCGCAAACUUGUCGUUCCCCACGGAAUUUGGUAUUGGCCACGGUGAGACGGAAGGACACCCCAACCAAGAUCGCGAUAACUGGCUUGUCGGCUUGGUUAACGCUGGACCGUACAUUGGCUCUGCCUUCCUCGGCUGCUGGUUGUCUGAUCCAUGCAACUACUACUUCGGACGUCGCGGCACCAUCUUCAUCUCUGCUGUCUUUUGCGUGCUCACACCCAUCGGAGGCGCAUGCUCCCAGACCUGGGAGCAACUCUUGAUCACACGUCUGCUCAUGGGAAUCGGAAUGGGCUUGAAAGGCUCAACUGUACCUAUCUUUGCUGCCGAAAACUCACCCGCUCAAAUCCGUGGAGCGCUCGUUAUGAGCUGGCAAAUGUGGACUGCAUUCGGUAUCUUCCUCGGGUUUUGUGCAAACUUAGCCGUGUAUGAUGCCGGUGAAAUCACCUGGCGACUUCAGAUCGGCUCUGCGUUCAUUCCUGCUGUGCCACUCUGUAUCGGAAUCUUCUUCUGUCCUGAGUCGCCCCGUUGGUUGAUGAAGAAGAACCGGUACCGAAAAGCCUACCACUCCCUGAGGAAACUGCGAUACAACGACAUCCAAGCCGCCCGUGAUCUCUACUAUAUCCAUUGUCAACUGCAGAUCGAGGCCGACAUUGUUGGCAAGAGUAAUUACGUCACGCGCUUCCUCCAGCUUUUCAAGAUCCCGAGAGUUAGGCGUGCAACGCUGGCAUCGUUCACGGUCAUGAUUGCGCAGCAGAUGUGCGGUAUUAACAUCGUUGCCUUCUACUCAUCCACUAUCUUCGUGCAGGCUGGCGCAAGCCAGAAGAAUGCGCUGAUCGCCUCUUUCGGCUUCGGUUUGGUCAACUUUGUGUUCGCCUGGCCUGCUUUCUUCACGAUUGAUACCUUCGGUCGCAGGACGCUCCUUCUCUUUACUUUCCCGCAAAUGGCCUGGACGCUGCUCGCCGCAGGUUUCUCCUUCUACAUACCGGAGAGCAGUUCCGCGCGCCUGGGCGUCAUCGCGCUGUUCAUUUACCUUUUCGCUGCUUUUUACUCUCCCGGCGAAGGCCCCGUCCCCUUCACCUACUCCGCCGAAGUUUUCCCGCUCUCUCACCGUGAAGUCGGUAUGGGUUGGGCUGUCGCAACCUGCCUCUUCUGGGCGUCAGUCCUUAGCAUCACGUUCCCGAAGAUCCUCGAGGCUUUCGGCUCCACCGGUACUUUCGGCUUCUACGCCGGCCUCAACGUCACCGCCUUCGUCAUGAUCUUCUUCUUCGUGCCCGAGACUAAGCAACGCACACUCGAGGAGCUGGACUACAUCUUUGCGGUGCCGACGGGUAGGUUCAUGCGCUAUCAGACCAGCGAGGCCCUGCCGUGGUGGUUCAAGAGGUGGGUUAUGUUCAAGAAGGACGCGAAGUGCAAGCCGCUGUACACGUUUGAGGGCAAUAUGAUGGCCGGCGAUGCGGGGAGUGAUACUAGCUCUGAGAGGCACAGAAACGGGAAGACGGGCUAG